AUGUCAGACACUCCCAGUGAUGGUGAUGUAUCAAAGAAGAAAACUGCUCGUACAUUUGAUUUGGAUUCAUUAAUUAGUGAAGCACGUCUUGGAGCUCAACAACGUUCAACAAUCGAUUGGACAACAGAAAUUGAAAAAGCAAAAGAAUCGAAUGAAACACGUUUAAAUGAUUUAAAAAUAAAAGCAAAUAAUGCCGGUAAUACAACAACAUCAAAAUCAAAGAUUAAUUUUGAUGAUAGUGAUGACGAUGAAGGAGUUGGAGCGGGAUCAACGUUUCAUUCCAGUUCAAAAUCGAUAAACAAUGAUACUGAAUUACAAUCAAACAAUGAAUUAAAAAAUGACAAGCAAGAUGAAGAUGAUGAUGAUUUUGGACCAUCGAUUUCUUUGGCUACAACAACCGAUGAUAUGUCAGAUGAAGAUAAUCCUAAUAAUGACGAAGAGUCGAGUGAUGAUGGACCCCAUUUUCCUGUAUCACACGAAAUUGACUUGAAACAGGGUACAAAAUCAGUGUCAUGUUUGACACUGGAUCCAGGUGGUUUAAGAAUGAUAACAGGUGAUUUUAAUUAUGAAAUGAAAAUGUGGGAUUUUUCAGCGAUGGAUAAAAAUUUACGAUCGUUUCGCACGUUACAGCCAUGUGAAGCACAUCAACUAAAAACAAUUGAAUAUAGUCCAGUUGGUGAUAUGAUAUUAGUUAUUAGCGGAAAUUGUCAAGCAAAAGUUUUGGAUCGAGAAGGUAAACAAAUCUAUGAGUGUGUUCGUGGUGAUAUGUACAUUAUUGAUCAAGCUCGAACAAAAGGACAUGUAGCUAUGUUAAAUAGUGGAUGUUGGAAUCCAAAAGAUUUAAAUGAAUUUAUGACAUGUUCAAAUGAUGGUACAAUUCGUUUAUGGUCCGUCUAUAAACGUCAACAACAAAUAACUGUGAUAAAAACAAAAUCUGAACAAGGUAAAAAAGUAAGCACAACCGCAUGUACAUAUCAUAACAAUCAUUAUAGUGGAACGUCUAAUAAUACAAAUUUAAUUACGGCUGGAUGUGAUGAUGGUAGUAUUCAAAUAUGGGAUCGACGUCGACCAUUUGUCAAUGUUACAUUUCUUAGUCGUCAUGCACAUGAACCAAAUGAACUAGUCACAUCAAUAAAAUGGUCUUAUGAUGGUAUUAAUAUUGCAUCACGUUCAACCGAUAAUACAAUAAAAAUAUGGGAUAUUCGAAAUUUUAAAAAAUGUUUAUCAUCACGUGAAAAUUUACCUAAUCGAUUUGCAAUGACAGAUAUUGCAUUUUCACCAGAUGAUAGAUAUUUAAUUACAGGUACAUCAACUCGAAAGAAAAAUGAUGAAGAAAAGGAUGAGACAAAUGUUGGAAAAUUAUAUUUUCUUAAUCGUCAAAAUUUACAAGAGGAUAUUUGUCAUUUACAAGUGAGUGAUAAUGCAAGUGUUAUUCGUACACUGUGGAGUCCAAAAUUGAAUCAAAUAUUUUGUACAACAAGUGAUGGUAUAGUUAAAAUCUAUUAUGAUCCUGUUCGCUCUCGUAACGGAGCACUGUCAUUUGCGAAUCGUGAACCACGAAAGAAAAAAGAAAACGACUUCUUUAUUAAUAUAAAUAUAAUCAAUCCUCAUGCUUUACCACUUUAUCGACAAGAUCGUGUUCGAAAUUUAUCGGUAAUUAGAAUAAAACAACGUGAAGAUCCAGUUAAGUCGAAACGUCCCGAUUUACCAAUGAGUGGCGCGGGACAUGGUGGUCGAUUAGGUGCACAUGGUUCAACGUUAAGUGGUUACAUUGUUAAAAAUAUUGCCCUUCAAAAACUACCGGAUCAAAAAGAAGAUCCAAGAGAAGCAUUAUUGAAAUAUGCUGAAAUAUCGGAAUCAGAUCCUUAUUGGGUAGCACCUGCUUAUAAACAAACACAGCCAAAACCAAUAUUUCAAGCUUCAACACAAGCAAAAAAUGAGGGAAGUGGAAAUGAGGAAGAAGAUGAAAUAUUACCACCCUGGAAAAAACAAAAAACUUGA